UCCGGCUUACUGUCAGUCAUUUAUUAACUGGUUUUUAUUUCUUCUUUGCUUUGUCCCUUAACACUAAUUGUGUCAUGUCUCAUUUGAACAAUUCAUUCGAUUAUAAUGUAAAAUUACUUGGUUUACUACCACUACGCUUUGAUUUUUCCAAGGACGAAAAUAUUGGCGUGAGAUACCAAACUGAUAAAUUAAAAAAAGUCAAAAAACCGUCUGAAGAUCACCAUGAAGGUGAAAUGGUAUCUGAAGCGCAAUUACUCCAGAACUCAGCUGUUGUAGAAGCAAAAAUCAUUCGCCACAGCAAUCAAAAGAAUACCGCAAAUCGUACAGAUGUUAGCGCUGAAAAAGAUGAAGACACAUCGGAGGCAGAUGUUAAAACGAACGGUGAAAGUCAAGAUGAUAUCGCAUCAUCAGCCAAUGAAUCGGUUCAAAAACUGAAAAUCGAAGAUAGUCGGGGCGAUGAUGUAAGUGAAUGUAAGGACGGUGAUAGUGAAACAAACGAUAAGCAGAUUAAUCAGGACCGGGACUCGGGAGAAAAUAAUGAUAAAAAUAGCGAAUCAGACAGUGAUGACACAGCAGAAACAUCGACAGAACCGGUUGAUAAAACCAUGAAAGAAGAUCUCUCCGUCAGAUUUCUGUACAGAUCUUACUAUAACGUUAAUGGCCAGCAACCAGAUUUUUUGACCUACCGACUGCCACUCAUGUUUUUGGCUAUAAAAGACGAUCCGUACUUCUUCAAAGUCAACAAAGUCCGAUUCAAACCGUAUGGCUGCGACAAUGAGAUGGAAUUCAUUCAAAUGCAAUGGCCGAUACAGCUAAAUGAAUUGUACAACCAUCCGAAAUACGACGCCUCCACUCACAAGGGCUGGUCAGGACCAACGUUCAACGAAUGGGCCACAAAACAAGAAAAAACCAGCUCAUGCGCAGCGUCGGCAUCACCCAGUGAAACGGCGUCUCAUGGAGCCGAGGAAAAGGGCGAGGACAAUAAUGAUGACACUGAGAGCAAUUCAACAUACCAUCGUGCGUUCAUUCAAGCUGAACUUAAACCGAAAAGUGGAAGCGACGAACUCGGGUUCUCCGAUUCGACAAGGGGAUUCAAUAUCAUCAUUACAGCAUUAGUUGGUGGUGUCUGGGAUUUAGAAGAGGACCCAAAUGAUUACACGUGCAUGCAUUUGGCCGAAAUGAGAACUGUCCAAGAGGAAAUUCUACGCGAAACUCGAUCAACGAGAUACAGCCACCAUACGGAUUUCUUUUACAAACGGGUCCGAAUGCUGAGCAAUUACUGGCAAUGCUAUUUAGCCGGCGAAACAAACUACUUGGUUGGAGUCAAUGGUCCGGUGCGGGACCGAGAACCGAAUGAAGAUGCACCAAAGAAACGCCGACAAAUCAACGAAUUGCGACUGUACGACGUUGCGAAAAUUCCCGAUUUCAUAAAGAAAUGCGGUGCCGAACAAGGAUUUCGUCCGUGGUCCAAAGAAAUUCUACAAAAUCGUCUGUACAAAUCAUUGCAUGUCAUUUAUGACACGGUCAAAGAUGCGCCCGUCGAUACGGAAUUUAUGUUCGUCAAAUACAACCAAUUCGAUCCACCUAUUCAUGAUGUCGAUGGCAGCGUUACUGGACCAUAUCUGCUAGCGUUUCGGCAACUGAUCAUUGAAGGACUUCCGACACCGUCCCAACCACAGUUAGUGAGAAAUCUGAUGGUAUUGAUGAGAUAUGCUGAACUUGUGGAGGAUUUUUUCGAUAGAAAAUUCAAGCGUGAAGAUGUCCCGAAAAAGGAGGAGAAAGAGAACUGCAUCGUCCUGACAUUUCAGGAUGAAAAUCUUCAGAAACUUUUUCUGUACAGAGCUGGCAGCAUGUUGGAACGUAUGAGCGAAAUGAAGAAAUUCCCACCUGAUUGUGGUAUGGAGAACCUAAGCGUUAAGAAAGUGUUCAUGCAGAAACCUGUUCCACAACACGGCAACAAUUCACAAUCGUGGCGAAGUUCCAAUUACCAGCAGCGACAAGCCACUGCGAACAACAACAAUAUGCAAGCAUCACCAACCGCUGAUAGCACACAAUCAUGGAGAAGUUCCAAUCAUCAGCAACCACAGUCAAGUUCGCGGAAUUACGAAAAUAACUGGAGACGAGGAGAUUCUUCUGGCGAUAAUUUUCCGUCGUGGAGAAGUUCCAAUCAUCAGCAAAGACAGCCGAAUCUCCAGAAUAAUAACUGGAGGCGCAAAGGUGGAUCGGCUAAUUUGAGAGAACAAUCUCGGAACAUGGAUGAUAGCAGAAGUCAACGUUAUGGUGGACGAGUGAAUGAUGACGAGCAAAAUUGGAGACGAAAGUCAUAUCGAGAUAAUUGAACUGGAAAUUGCUGCGACAAGUUUGAACGAUUAAUGUUUUUACUCAAUGUUCACAUGGUCGUCUGUCAUUGUUGCAGAUGAAUGUUUUCCAGUUUCAAUUGACAAAGCGAAUUUCAAUAAAGUUAUUGAUACUUCGCCAACAGUGCUGUCAGCCUUUAAGAAUUGAUAAGCCGUUAACAAACUAAAA